AUGCUCGCCGCUAAACCGGCACUCACUUACGCGGCCGACGUCGCGGGGCUAGUCCAAGGCCGCUCCACGCCUGUCUCCCGCGCCGUCCUCGCACCGCUAAUCACACGGUCCACGCCCGCCGAGGACCUGGCGUUGGACUCAAUCUGUCGUCAGGGAGAGUGUUCUACAGACAGCUUCGUUCGUUCUCAUGCAAUCUGCCCUAAGAUGGAGUCCCAGCGCGUGCAUCAGGCUGGGACUCGAGGACCGAAGCAAUCAUCCCGUGCUGCAUUAAGUGUGACCGAGCAGCGUGGGAAGAUGCACAUUCCGAGGCUGCUCCAGUGCCAAGAACUCCUGGAGGAUUUUAGCACCGAGUUUCAGGCAGAAGCAGAUGUUUGGAGUGGUGUUAACAUGAGGAGGAAUCCACUUGCUUGUAGACUUCCACUUCCACACAGUCUGAACUUGCUAGUUCCAGGACCAGGUGACAUGGUGGACCAGCGACCCGCUUCGGGUUCUGGAACCGAUUACUGCGCCCAGACGGACCAAUCAGAUAAGGCCGUUCCAGCGACCGCAGAGGGUCACGGGCGAGGGGUCGGAUUCCAGGAUCUCUUCUGCAAAGUUCCAGGGCUAAAGCGUCCCGGCUGUGACCGGCGCGGCGUCCUUUGCGUGGGCGAUGACACGCUGACUCCCAUCUUCUUACAAUUGUUCGCCAGAGGAGUCGGGAAGAUAUCCAUCGCCACGUCCGCCUCGACCUUUCACUAUCCCAGGCCCGUGGAUUUGGGAAAAGAAGCCGACUACAACAAGCCUUCGUUGCGCGAAGAAGGUUCCGCCCAGCCGCUGCGGAUUGACGAUAAUUUCUGCGGCCACGACUUCAACCAGCCUCUGGGGGGCACCACCACCAUCGAGGGCGUCCCGCUGUACGUGGACAAGGAGGACGGCAUGACCUCCGUGGCGGCCUACGACUACCGGGGACACACGGUGGCGUUCAUGGGCACUCGCGGCGGACGCAUGAAAAAGGUCCUGGUCACCUCCAGCAGCCAGCCAGCUCUGCUCUAUGAAAAUGUCCUGGUGAGCGACGGCAGCCCCGUCCUGCAAGACCUGCUCUUCAGCCCCGACCACCAGCACCUGUACACCCUCAGCGAUAAACAGGUCACACGGGUGCCGGUGGAGAGCUGCCAGCAGUACACUUCCUGCGAGGCGUGCCUGGGGUCCGGGGACCCUCACUGCGGCUGGUGUGUGCUGCACAACAUAUGUUCUAGAAAGGACCACUGCGAGCGCGCCGAGGAGCCUCAGCGUUUCACUACCAGAGUGGAUCAGUGCGUCCGACUCUCCGUCCAACCCGACACCGUCUCGGUCACCAUGUCUGAAGUGCAGCUGGUGCUUCAGACCCAGAAUGUGCCCAGUCUGUCGGCGGGAGUCAACUGUUCAUUUGGGGGCUACGUGGAAACCGAAGGACGCAUCUACGGCGGCCGGAUCUUCUGCUUGUCGCCCUCUGCUAAAGAAGUAGCGCCAAUCACGCACAACCAAGGCGACCAGCGUGUGAUUAAACUCCACCUGAGGUCCAAGGAGACGGCCAAGACGUUUGCCAGCGUGGAUUUCAUCUUCUACAACUGCAGCGUGCACAGAUCGUGUCUGUCUUGUGUGGACGGCAAGUUCCCGUGUCACUGGUGCAAAUAUCGCCACAUGUGCACGCAGGACGCCAGCGACUGCUCCUUUCAGGAGGGACGCGUCAACACCUCACAGGAGUGUCCUCAAAUCCUGCCCUCCACUCAGAUCUAUAUCCCCGCCGGAGUUAUGAGGCCAAUCACGCUGCUGGCUCAGAACCUGCCUCAGCCGCAAUCCGGGCAGAGGAACUACGAGUGCAUGUUUCACAUCCAAGGCAACACGCUCAGUGUCCCCGCCCUCAGGUUCAACAGCAGCAGCAUCCAGUGCCAGAAGAUCAUAUACGACUACGAGGGCGGCGACGUCGGCGACCUGCCCGUCGAUCUGUCCGUGGUGUGGAACGGAAACUUCGUCAUCGACAACCCCUUCGACAUCCAAGCCCACCUGUACAAGUGCCGGGCACUGCGGGACAGCUGCGGCAUGUGUCUGAAGGCGGACCCCAGGUUCGAGUGCGGCUGGUGCGUCCAGGACAGGAAAUGCUCCCUUAGACAGGAGUGUGCCCUCGCGGGAAAUUCUCACCCGCUGCUGCAGUUCAGCGACGUGGGCGGCUGGAUGCACGCUGCAUCUGGCAACAGCCGAUGCUCUCACCCCAAAAUCACCAAGUUGUUUCCGGACACGGGACCUCGCCAAGGAGGCACCAGGAUGACCAUCGUCGGAGAGAACCUGGGUCUGCACUUCAGGGACAUCCAGUCGGGCGUCAGGUUAGGCAAGGUGCCCUGCGUCCCCAUCGAGGAGGAGUACCUGAGCGCUGAGAGGAUAGUGUGUCAGCUCAAUGACGCGACAGGAUACAGGGUCCAAGAGGCUCAGGUGGAGGUGUGUGUGAGGGACUGUGUCAACGACUACAGAGCUCUGUCCCCCAGGCCCUUCACGUUUGUGACGCCGUUCUUCACUCGCAUCCAGCCUUCCCAGGGACCUAUUUCGGGGGGCACCAGAGUGACCAUCGAGGGGAGCUACCUCAACGCGGGCAGCUCCGUUUCUGUCAGCAUCGGGCUGCAACCCUGCCUCUUUAAAAAGAGGAACGCCCAUGAGAUCGUGUGCGUAACGCCAGCUGGCCUGGCACCAGGAAGCGCGCCCGUCCUGGUGGACAUAGACGACGCGGAGCUCAGAAACCCGGAGGUCAAGUUUAACUACACCGAGGACCCCACCGUGCUCAAGAUUGAACCCGACUGGAGCAUCGCCAGUGGUGGAACUCUGCUUACAGUGAGCGGAACCAACCUGGCAACCAUCAGAGAGCCAAAGAUCAGGGCCAAAUAUGGGCAGGCGGAGUCUUUUCAUAACUGCACAGUAUACAACAACUCCGUGAUGGUCUGCCUAGCUCCGUCCGUGGCCGAGUCCCAGCUGGGCUUUUCUGAAACCGGCACGGGUCCGGAUGAGAUCGGGUUUUACAUGGACAAUGUGAACGCUUUGGUGGUGGUCAACGAGACUUUCAGCUACUACCCCGACCCCGUGUUCGAACCGCUCAGCUCCAACGGGAUCCUGGAGCUCAAACCAACAUCUCCGCUCAUACUCAAGGGUCGUAACCUGAUCCCGGCAGCCCCGGGUAACAGUCGCCUGAACUACACGGUGCUGAUUGGGGAGACUCCCUGCAUCCUCACCCUGUCUGAGAGCCAGCUACUCUGCGAGUGGCCCAACCUCACCGGACAACAUAAAGUCACGAUCCGAGCCGGCGGGUUUGAGUACUCCCCCGGUACUCUCCACAUUUACUCGGAUAGCCUGCUGACUCUGCCUGCCAUCAUCGGGAUCGGAGGGGGCGGCGGGAUGCUCCUGUUGGUCAUCAUCGCCGUGCUCAUAGCUUAUAAGAGGAAAUCCAGAGAUGCGGAUCGCACCCUGAAGCGUCUUCAGCUGCAGAUGGACAACCUGGAGUCCAGAGUGGCCCUGGAAUGUAAAGAAGCCUUUGCUGAACUCCAGACAGACAUCCACGAGCUCACCCAAGAACUGGACGGAGCCGGAAUUCCCUUCCUGGACUAUCGGACGUAUGCGAUGAGGGUCCUAUUCCCGGGCAUUGAGGACCACCCUGUGCUCAAGGAGAUGGAGGUACGGGUGCAGGCAAAUGUGGAGAAAGCUCUGACGCUGUUUGGCCAGUUGCUGACAAAGAAGCACUUCCUGUUGACUUUCAUACGGACGCUGGAGGCCCAGAGGUCGUUUUCCAUGCGGGACCGAGGCAACGUGGCGUCUCUGAUCAUGACCGCCCUGCAGGGGGAGAUGGAGUACGCCACAGGGGUCCUCAAACAACUUCUGUCUGACCUGAUCGAAAGGAACUUGGAGAGUAAAAAUCAUCCCAAGCUGCUUCUCAGGAGAACAGAGUCGGUUGCUGAGAAAAUGCUGACCAACUGGUUCACGUUCCUCCUGUAUAAGUUCCUCAAGGAGUGUGCGGGCGAGCCUCUUUUCAUGCUCCACUGUGCCAUCAAGCAGCAGAUGGAGAAAGGACCCAUAGACGCCAUCACCGGAGAGGCUCGCUACUCUCUGAGCGAGGACAAGCUCAUCAGGCAGCAGAUUGACUACAAAACGCUGACUUUGCACUGCGUGAACCCCGAGAACGAGAACGCGGCGGAGGUGACUGUGAAGUGUCUGAACUGUGACACCGUCACUCAGGUCAAGGAGAAACUCCUGGAUGCGGUCUACAAGGGCAGCCCCUACUCACUCAGGCCCAAAGCUUCUGACAUGGACUUGGAAUGGCGUCAAGGCAGAAUGGCUCGGAUUAUUCUGCAGGACGAAGACGUGACGACAAAGAUCGACAACGACUGGAAGAGACUCAACACGCUGGCUCACUAUCAGGUUACAGAUGGCUCAGUGAUCGCUCUGGUGCCAAAGCAGAACUCUGCCUAUAACAUCUCCAAUUCAUCCACCUUCACCAAGAGCCUCAGUAGAUACGAGAGCAUGCUGAGAACUGCCAGCAGUCCAGACAGCCUGCGAUCACGCACACCCAUGAUCACCCCUGACCUGGAGAGUGGGACUAAGUUGUGGCAUCUGGUGAAGAACCACGACCACUCGGACCAGCGGGAGGGCGAUCGGGGCAGCAAGAUGGUGUCUGAGAUCUACCUGACCAGACUCCUGGCUACAAAAGGCACCCUGCAGAAGUUUGUGGACGACCUCUUUGAGACCAUCUUCAGCACGGCACACAGAGGCAGCGCUCUGCCGCUGGCCAUCAAGUACAUGUUUGACUUCCUGGACGAGCAAGGCGACAAACACUCCAUCACAGACCACGACGUACGGCACACCUGGAAGAGCAACUGCCUCCCACUGAGGUUCUGGGUCAACGUGAUCAAGAACCCGCAGUUUGUCUUCGACAUCCAAAAGAACAGCAUCACGGACGCGUGCCUGUCUGUGAUCGCCCAGACCUUCAUGGACUCCUGCUCCACGUCCGAACACAAACUGGGGAAAGACUCACCGUCCAACAAACUCCUCUAUGCUAAAGACAUCCCCAACUACAAGAACUGGGUGGAAAGGUACUACUCGGACAUCUCCCGUAUGCCCGCCAUCAGCGACCAGGACAUGAGCGCCUACCUGGCAGAGCAGUCCCGCCUGCACCUCAGCCAGUUCAACAGCAUGUCUGCACUGCACGAGAUCUACUCCUACAUCGUCAAGUACAAAGACGAGAUCCUGUCGGCGUUGCAGAAAGACGAGCAAUCGCGGCGACAGAGGCUACGCGGCAAGCUGGAGCAGGUCAUCGACACCAUGGCGCUGACCAGCUGAGGGUCACAGCGGUGGAACGCUGGCCAACAACGCCUUCCUUCCCAGACGCUCAUCAACCGGACGAACAACAAAAAGUCAACUUAGUCCGUUCAACCAAGAGACGGCAGAGGUGCGAUCGAAAUGGCCGAAGUCCGCUUUUUUUUAUUUCAAACUGAGCUGCGAACCAAGCCUGGAUUGAACCAAAUUGAGCGAACGCGCAACAGUCCGUGUUGACUCCGGUCCAGCAGAGGGCAGUGGUUCUUUGGCCCCAACCAGGACCUAAACCAGGGCGGAAGGAACCAGGAUACUUGAUCCCGUUUGGGGAGAAUCCCUUUCCUGUUGCCAUUAUCAGGGUGGACACGCGAAGGAGGAAGAACUGAUGACAGACUCCCAACCAUUCGGGACUUCCUGCUUCCGGUUGAUCUGCCAUUUCCUUCCCUCCCCACCACACUGCCUCCUGCCGCUCAUGUUACUGCUGAAUUUGCACAACAAAAGCUAAAUCAAAAGAGAGCAAAGGAUAUAUGAACACAUUUAUAAAUAUAUAAAUACGAGCCUCUGUUUGCGUUGAGAGAGAUGUUCUUUUUGUUUUAAUGUAUACAAAAAAAACGAUAGGUUUGACAGGAUUUGAUAUUUCCACGUAGAAAAUGUGAAAACUUCAAAAGAAAAGAAAAAAAAAAAAAAGCAACACAAGCUGAAGUUGCGUGCCAUGUUUUACUUUGAAUGUUGUUUAGUGCAAAGAGACUUUUACUUUUACUUCGAUGAAAUGUGUUAUAAAAAUGUUGUCAUUCUUAUUAGUCAGACUUUAAGGGGGGAGAAAAUAUGUGAAUGGGGAAAACUGGACUCAAAAUUGCAGAAGCUUUCUAUGUUUAAUGCGGUACUCCAUGCUAGUCGACCCACAGCCAUCUUCUUCCACAAAAUCCAGCCAUGAAUCCAUUUGAUUUACAAGCCCCUUGUACACAGAGAGAUGCUCAUCAGGUCUGCACUUUCACAUGCAGGACGAAUACAUUUCAUGGACACCAAUUCAUGGAUGAAUACAUCUCAUGGACACCACACUUCAUGGACAGCACUUCAUGGACACCAAUUCAUGGAUGAAUACAUUUCAUGGACACCACACUUCAUGGACACCACACUUCAUGGACACCACACUUCAUGGAUGAAUACAUCUCAUGGACACCACACUUCAUGGACAACACUUCAUGGACACCAAUUCAUGGAUGAAUACAUUUCAUGGACACCACACUUCAUGAACAACACUUCAUGGACACCACACUUCAUGGACACCAAUUCAUGGAUGAAUACAUUUCAUGGACACCACACUUCAUGAAGAACACUUCAUGGACACCAAUUCAUGGAUGAAUAAAUUUCAUGGACACCACUUCAUGGACAGACUUCAUGGACACCACACUUCAUGGACACCACACUUCACGGACACCAAUUCAUGGAUGAAUAAAUUUCAUGGACACCACACUUCAUGGACACCACACUUCACGGACACUAAUUCAUGGAUGAAUACAUUUCAUGGACACCACACUUCAUGAACAACACUUCAUGGAUGAAUAAAUUUCAUGGACACCACACUUCAUGGACAGACUUAAUGGACACCACACUUCAUGAACAACACUUCAUGGACACCAAUUCAUGGAUGAAUAAAUUUCAUGGACACCACACUUCAUGGACACCAAUUCAUGGAUGAAUAAAUUUCAUGGACACCACACUUCAUGGACAACACUUCAUGGACACCAAUUCAUGGACACCACACUUCAUGGACAGACUUAAUUGACACCACACUUCAUGAACAACACUUCAUGGACACCAAUUCAUGGAUGAAUAAAUUUCAUGGACACCACACUUCAUGGACACCAAUUCAUGGAUGAAUAAAUUUCAUGGACACCACACUUCAUGGACAGACUUAAUGGACACCACACUUCAUGGACACCAAUUCAUGGAUGAAUAAAUUUCAUGGACACCACACUUCAUGGACAGACUUAAUGGACACCACACUUCAUGAACAACACUUCAUGGACACCACACUUCAUGGACACCAAUUCAUGGAUGAAUAAAUUUCAUGGACACCACACUUCAUGGACAGACUUAAUGGACACCACACUUCACGGACACCAAUUCAUGGACACCACACUUCAUGGACACCACACUUCAUGGACACCAAUUCAUGGAUGAAUACAUUUCAUGGACAACAACCCACGAUUGCUAGGCUGUCUGAGUUAACCCAUACAUACAAUUUAUCACCAAAAGAAAUGUAUAAACGCUGAUUAAUCAUGCAAAUUAGUCGGAGGAUUAAUCGCAGACGUUAGAUGAAGUUAAAGUACCAAUGAUUGUCUCACACACACAAGUUGUGUGGUGAAAUUUAUCCUCUGCAUUUGACCCAUCACCCUUGUUCACCGUCUGGGAGGUGAGGGGAGCAGUGAGCAGCAGCGGUGGCCGCGCCCGGGAAUAAUUUUUUGGGGUGAUUUAACCCCCAAUUUCAACCCUUGAUGCUGAGUGCCAAGCAGGGAGGUAUCAGGUCCCAUUUUUAUAAUCUUUGGUAUGACUCAGCCUGGGGUUUGAACUCACAACCUACCCAUCUGAGGGCGGACACUCUAACCACUAGGCCUCGCGAGCAAAUUUAACUUCAAAAUAAAACUACUUUUAAGGCGCAUUCAAGCAAAAUAUGUUUGUGGAUUAUGACAACAAAAUCGCAUUAACCGCGAAUUGAAUUGUAAUUACUCUGAUGUGAAAUUGAUGCUUUGACAGCACUGCUUUCAACACAACAGGACCCCACUGUCACUAUUGACGUAGAAUAAGUUACUACCUCGUACGGCGGAACACUUUGUGUCUACGUUCUAUAUCCACGCUGUUUGUGCAGAACAGCAACCUGGCUAAAAAUAAAUAAAAAAGGCUGUGUAAAAGGGGCUACUGACUCAGUCUAUAUUAAAUAGAACUUUGGUACCUCGGGUGUGUUCGCUCGCGACACCGUUUGCAGUAAACGGGACAGGAAGUGAUUCUCGAGACAGUUUCAGUUGACUAGCAGGCAGGUGAUGUUUGUGAAGGUAAAGGUGGGAUCGUGUCAUCGAUUUAAGUAAACUCAAAUAUCGUACUAAAGUCAUCCUAUUACAGUUCAGUCAAGACCAAUUAAUUGUUUUGAUGGGAGCAUGAAUCCAGUACAGCGGUUUACAGUUCACAAGAUAGUGAAUUGAAGUUUUCUAUUGGCUUUAAACUAUUCUCCUCAAAAUGAUUGAGGUCUACAUUGUUGAAAGACGCCUGUGAUCAGGUCGUUGUGUUCUCAGGGCGUUGAUUCCACAACAACUGGACUCUUCUGAUUGUUUGACCUGCGUCAGCCGUCCCAGAGGCUUUAUAGUUUCAUGCUGAAAGUGUUUAUCCCUACUCCGACAACAACAGGUUAACUAUCUUGUUAAGGCUGUUAAGAUACACAGAAGAAAAGCCUCUGCCAGCAGGACAAUAGUCUUUAGGUCAAAAGGGAGUGAUGGUGAGUCCAUAAAGCAGUUGAGAACCACUGAUCUGUCCUCUUACUUAACUUCCUGACCUUGCUUGGUUCAGUUCUUACAAAGUGAACCGGCGAUUUUGUAAGGUUUCAUUGUUCUCAACCCAACACCAGGAUCUGUUUUAGACAAAGAAAUAUUUGAUUUUUUACUCCAAUCUGCAGUUGAAACUAAUGCUUUGAUUCCACUCUUGAAAUGUGAAUGUGCUUUGUGAAAAGAUUCUGAAAUGUACUUUUACUCUUUUUUUCUUUUGACAUGUUGCAGGCCUUUUCUCUUACUUCAUUUUGUGGUUUUUAUGAGGGUUGAAAAGAAACAAGUUUCCAGUACGCACCUGUGGGUAUUUGAACCCGUUCUCUGUAGAAUUGAGUAGGAUAUUAAUUAAACUUUUUAAUACCCAGAUAGCGUCUUCAGUAAUGCGGACGUUGUACCGGUCCGUUGUGGUGAAGAAGGAGCUGAGCCGGAAGGCAAAGCUCUCAAUUUACCGGUCGAUCUACGUUCCCAUCCUCACCUAUGGUCAUGAGCUUUGGGUCAUGACCGAAAGGAUAAGAUCACGGGUACAAGCGGCCGAAAUGAGUUUCCUCCGCCGUGUGGCGGGGCUCUCCCUUAGAGAUAGGGUGAGAAGCUCUGCCAUCCGGGAGGAACUCAAAGUAAAGCCGCUGCUCCUUCACAUCGAGAGGAGCCAGAUGAGGUGGUUCGGGCAUCUGGUCAGGAUGCCACCCGAACGCCUCCCUAGGGAGGUGUUUAGGGCACGUCCAACCGGUUGGAGGCCACGGGGAAGACCCAGGACACGUUGGGAAGACUAUGUCUCCCGGCUGGCCUGGGAACGCCUCGGGAUCCCCCGGGAAGAGCUGGACGAAGUGGCUGGGGAGAGGGAAGUCUGGGUUUCCCUGCUUAGGCUGUUGCCCCCGCGACCCGACCUCGGAUAAGCGGAAGAUGAUGGAUGGAUACCCAGAUAGUGUUUUUAGUAGAGCAUGUUUGUGGAUUAAAAGGCUUUUUUUUUUUUUUUUAGUUCAAACAUUGUACGGGGCUUCACAUUUUUGUACCGUUUUCUACUGAAUUCUACGGAGAACGCGGUCAAGUUACGGCAGAAGACCUUUUUUUUUAUUUUUUUUUUGCAAGAAAGUUGUAAUCCUGGUUUCUAGCAGACCAAUGUAAAUCCUGUAAGUGAUUGUUUUGCAAAGUAGAGCACAAGACCAGACUGCAUCGACAAACAUGUCCCAUGAGCUUUGAAAUGAAUGGAGAUCCUCUCUUAAUGUUCCAAUUGAUCGAAGGCACAGUUCUUUCAAUGAAUUUGAAGAAAAUGAGAAA